AUGGUUCAGCACCUGGCUGCCAAUGCUACACAGGAACAAUUGAUAAACAAUGAAGUGGAAACGGGAGCAGAGCACGUGGUCAAGAAGCACAUCUUGCAAAUUGACCUAGUACAUGAUGAAGCUGAGAACGUGACGGCACUCUCCGACUCUGCCUCCACGAACGUGACUGCGCUCUCCGACUCUGCCUCCACGAACGUGACUGCGCUCUCCGACUCUGCCUCCACGAACGUGACGGCGCUCUCCGACUCUGCCUCCACGAACGUGACGGCGCUCUCCGACCAGGCCUCCAAGAACGUGACGGCGCUCUCCGACCAGGCCUCCAAGAACGUGACGGCGCUCUCCGACCAGGCCUCCAAGAACGUGACGGCGCUCUCCGACCAGGCCUCCAAGAACGUGACGGCGCUCUCCGACCAGGCCUCCAAGAACGUGACUGCGCUCUCCGACUCUGCCUCCACGAACGUGACGGCGCUCUCCGACUCUGCCUCCACGAACGUGACGGCGCUCUCCGACUCUGCCUCCAAGAACGUGACGGCGCUCUCCGACCAGGCCUCCAAGAACGUGACGGCGCUCUCCGACCAGGCCUCCAAGAACGUGACGGCGCACUCCGACCAGGCCUCCAAGAACGUGACGGCGCACUCCGACUCUGCCUCCAAGAACGGUACGGCGCACUCCGACUCUGCCUCCAAGAACGGUACGGCGCACUCCGACCAGGCCUCCAAGAACGUGACGGCGCUCUCCGACCAGGCCUCCAAGAACGUGACGGCGCACUCCGACCAGGCCUCCAAGAACGUGACGGCGCACUCCGACCAGGCCUCCAAGAACGUGACGGCGCACUCCGACCAGGCCUCCAAGAACGUGACGGCGCACUCCGACCAGGCCUCCAAGAACGUGACGGCGCACUCCGACCAGGCCUCCAAGAACGCGACGGCGCUCUCCGACUCUGCCUCCACGAACGCGACGGCGCUCUCCGACUCUGCCUCCACGAACGCGACGGCGCUCUCCGACUCUGCCUCCACGAACGCGACGGCGCUCUCCGACUCUGCCUCCACGAACGCGACGGCGCUCUCCGACUCUGCCUCCACGAACGCGACGGCGCUCUCCGACUCUGCCUCCACGAACGCGACGGCGCUCUCCGACCAGGCCUCCAAGAACGCGACGGCGCACUCCGACCAGGCCUCCAAGAACGCGACGGCGCACUCCGACCAGGCCUCCAAGAACGCGACGGCGCACUCCGACCAGGCCUCCAAGAACGCGACGGCGCACUCCGACCAGGCCUCCAAGAACGCGACGGCGCACUCCGACCAGGCCUCCAAGAACGCGACGGCGCACUCCGACCAGGCCUCCAAGAACGCGACGGCGCACUCCGACCAGGCCUCCAAGAACGCGACGGCGCACUCCGACCAGGCCUCCAAGAACGCGACGGCGCACUCCGACCAGGCCUCCAAGAACGCGACGGCGCACUCCGACCAGGCCUCCAAGAACGCGACGGCGCACUCCGACCAGGCCUCCAAGAACGCGACGGCGCACUCCGACCAGGCCUCCAAGAACGCGACGGCGCACUCCGACCAGGCCUCCAAGAACGCGACGGCGCACUCCGACCAGGCCUCCAAGAACGCGACGGCGCACUCCGACCAGGCCUCCAAGAACGCGACGGCGCACUCCGACCAGGCCUCCAAGAACGCGACGGCGCACUCCGACCAGGCCUCCAAGAACGCGACGGCGCACUCCGACCAGGCCUCCAAGAACGCGACGGCGCACUCCGACCAGGCCUCCAAGAACGCGACGGCGCACUCCGACCAGGCCUCCAAGAACGCGACGGCGCACUCCGACCAGGCCUCCAAGAACGCGACGGCGCACUCCGACCAGGCCUCCAAGAACGCGACGGCGCACUCCGACCAGGCCUCCAAGAACGCGACGGCGCACUCCGACCAGGCCUCCAAGAACGCGACGGCGCACUCCGACCAGGCCUCCAGACCACGCGCACUCCGACCAGCCCAAGAACGCGACGGCGCACUCCGACCAGGCCUCCAAGAACGCGACGGCGCACUCCGACCAGGCCUCCAAGAACGCGACGGCGCACUCCGACCAGGCCUCCAAGAACGCGACGGCGCACUCCGACCAGGCCUCCAAGAACGCGACGGCGCACUCCGACCAGGCCUCCAAGAACGCGACGGCGCACUCCGACCAGGCCUCCAAGAACGCGACGGCGCACUCCGACCAGGCCUCCAAGAACGCGACGGCGCACUCGUCUGA